AUGGCUGGGCUGCGGCGGGGGCCCGACCCUAUCCUGCGCCGCUGCACGGCCGAAGCGAUGGCCACCUUUGUUUUGGCGUGCACAAACCGGACUCCCUCACCCAACCACAGGAUCAUAAUGAAUUUGUGCAAGAUGGCGUGCGGCGACCCGGCGGAAACACCCAGCGCAUCCGCCCCGGACCCCCCGGAUGAGUCAUCAUCUUCCGACGGGCCCCCCGCCUCCACCACCGACCAUGCCAACGGUGGCGAAGCCCCCAGCCAGGACCCCACCAUGGCCGCUGCUGCUGUCGCUCGACAGGGCGCUGAUGCAGCCUUGGAAGCAUUGGCGAGCAGGUUUGGUGCAGACCUGCUCCAGAAGCUGCCUCGGCUGUGGGAGCAUGCGACUGCCGCCAUUGCCACUGACGCUGCCGCUGCAAUUCCCGGCCGCCUCUCCCCACCCCCUGCAGAACCCCAGGCUGUUAUUGACACUCUUCAGGUCCUCAAAAUACUGGGCCCUGCGCUGGACUCACAGCUUGAGCCGCAGCUGACAUCGCUCAUGCCAGGCCUCGCCGCGUGCUGCCUGCAUGAGAGGCGGGUGCUGCAUGCAGCAGCGGCCGCAUGCGCAGAGUCCCUGGCAUCAGUGCAGCCUACCUGCGUUCUACCUUCCCUCCUAAGGUUUGUGGUGCCGAUGCUGCAAGGCUCGGCGGCCGAUGCGGCGAGGUCCGGAGCAGUGACAGUGGUUGGACGACUCAUCGCCAGAUUAGGCCUGCAGCUGGUCCCCUACACGAAUCUAAUAGUGGUCCCCCUCAUGGGCCUCACCAGUGACUCACUGCCACGCGUGCGCGCAGCCGCCACGUCAGCGUUCGCCGCCGCCGUUGCUCUCUUGCCCCUGGCGCAGGGAAUGUCACUGCCUGAGGGCCUGGAUCCAGAACAGCGGGAGGCAUGGCUCUGUGACGCGGCGUUCCUGUCUCAGCUUCUGGACAACUCCAAGGUGGAUGACUACGCGCUGCCGGUAGAGAUUCUUGGCGAGCUGCGCGCGUACCAGAGGGCCGGCAUCAGUUGGAUGGCGUUCCUGCGACGCUGCGGCCUGCAUGGAGUCCUGGCAGACGACAUGGGCCUCGGCAAAACGCUGCAGGCCACAGCCAUCGUCGCAGCAUGUCAUGUGGAGCAGAAAAGGGAUGGCCUGCCGCACAAGCCCUCGCUCAUACUCUGCCCGCCCACACUUGUCGGCCACUGGCCGCACGAAGUCACUAAGUUCGUCGGGGAGGAGCUGCUGUCAGUGGUGCAGUAUGAGGGAACGCCGCCGGUGAGGUGCGCGCUGCGAGAGCGUGCCAGGUCAGCGGACGUGGUGGUCAUGAGUUAUGAGACGCUGCGGGCGGACGCUGACUGGACAUCCGCUCACCCCUGGGCCUAUGCUGUGCUGGACGAAGGCCACAUCAUCCGGAAUCCAAAAUCCAAGAUUGCACAGGCGGCAAAGCGGCUGGUUGCGCAGCACCGGCUCAUUCUCUCCGGCACGCCCAUCCAGAACAACGUACUGGAGCUCUGGGCACUGUUUGACUUCCUGAUGCCGGGCUUCCUCGGGUCUCACGCUGCGUUCCAUGGCAAGUAUGGAAAAGCGCUGGCCGCCUCCCGGGGGUCCAAGGCCGGCAGUAUGGAGGCGCAGGCCGGGCUGCUCGCCAUGGAGGGCCUGCACAAGCAGGCGCGCAUUCCUCCUGCAUCCGCUAUCAUCAUGCAAUAUCAGGAUGAUUUAGCACCAAGCACAUGUAAUGAGCUAUAUCCUGUGAUGCCCUUCAUCCUGCGGCGCACAAAGGAUGCUGUGCUGAAGGACUUGCCGCCCAAGAUCCUCCAGGACGUGUAUGUGGAGCCGUCAGAGCUGCAGAGGAGGCUGUACGAGGACUUCUCAAAGAGCGGCGCAUCGCGACAGGUGGCGAGCGUAGUCAGCGGUGACAUCAGCGCUGAUGCGGGCGCUGACCGUGCCGCCAAGGCGCCACACCCGUGUGUUGAUUUUGCACAGGCGCUGCAGUACCUGCGCAAGCUGUGCAGCCACCCGCUGCUUGUGCUGGACGCCAGCGUGCCUCAGCACGUGGCGGCGGCUGCCGCAGUCGCCAACACAGCCCCGGGGCAGUGGGACAAAUCCGGCAGCGCUCUUCGACGGCUCUGCCACGCCCCUAAACUCGCCGCUCUGCGCGAGCUGCUGCAGGUGUGUGAACAAUCGGCAGCCAAGGAAGAGCCCGAGGCGGCGGAGGGCGCGGGUCACCGGGUGUUGAUAUUCGCGCAGCUGAAAUCUUUCCUUGACAUCGUGGAGAGAGACGUGCUGCAGCCUGAUGGAGUCUCCUACCUGCGCCUGGACGGCAGCGUGGAGGCCGCGUCCCGAUUUGGCAUCGUGCAGCGGUUCAACGGCGAUCCCUCCAUCCCCGUCAUGCUGCUCACAACAGCGGUCGGCGGCCUGGGCUUAAACUUGACUUCUGCCGACACAGUCAUCUUCCUGGAGCACGAUUGGAACCCCAUGAAGGACCUGCAGGCCAUGGACCGCGCGCAUAGACUGGGGCAGAGGCGCACAGUGAAUGUGUACCGGCUGCUGACGCGAGGCACGCUGGAGGAACGCAUCAUGGGACUCCAACGCUUCAAACUUGACGUGGCAAACGCGGUCGUGAACGCAGACAAUGCCUCUCUGGCUGCCAUGGAUACCACACAGGUCUUGGAUCUUUUCUCGCUGCAGGGCGGCGGGCAGGCUCCGGAUGCCGGCAGCCGCCAAUCGCAGACGGAGGGGGAUGCUGCCACAGCUGGGGCAGUGGGAGGCGGAGGCAAGGGGCUUAAAGCGGUGUUGGAGGGCCUGGGGGAGUUAUGGGACGAGGGGCAAUAUGCCGAGGAGCUCUCAUUGGAUGCUUUCAUGGGCAAGCUGAAGGGAGACGAUCAAAACCCGCAUUAG